GCUUCUCAUUUGUGUAGCUGUCGCCGCCAUUAAACAAGACGGAGGCAGUUUAAACCAUGGAGUGUUGCGGAUUUAUACCAUGAUUGGAGGAGUUCGGGGGUCCUGUCAAUGUGCAUUUUGGCCUGCGACGGGUUAAUUUGUCCGUGAAGGUAAACAUGUGAGAGGCCAAAGAAGUCGAAACAAUUCGGAUUGGGAAAGGUUUGAUUGAGCAGGAGGAAGGAGGGGGGACUGGACAAGAAGGGUUUGUUGUGGUUUUCAGCUGCACUUGAGAGACGAACGAAGUCACGAAACGUACUGUUACAGAUAAUGAAGACUGGUAGACAGUUUCAUUCAAGGUACAAUUUCAGACUGUCAGUUUGUCAUUGAAGAUGACUGACUAGAUGCAAGUUUGUUAAACUACUGGAACACCCACUCUACUGACUAAAGUAAAAAAAAACGAAGUGACUCACAAUGACGGAACAACAGAGGGUGAAGUGGGCCUGUGACUACUGCACUUACGAGAACUGGCCAUCUGCAAUCAAGUGCACAAUGUGCCGUGCACCAAAGUUGAGGGGUCCUAUCAUCACAGAAGAACCUUAUAAAAACAGCCCUGACCUGGAUCCCAGUCUGGAAUGGGAUCCUCCUAGAACUGAAGGUGGAAGCAGCCUCCUUAUCUGUCCUGACUCCAGUGCUAGACCCAGAGUCAGAUCAUCUAGUAUGGCUGAGAUUGCCAAUAAGUGGUCCUGCCAGAUGUGCACCUAUCUGAACUGGCCUCGAGCUAUUCGUUGCACACAGUGUCUGUGUCAGCGCCCAAGGACCAGCAGCCCCACUGAGUCCCCCCAAACUUCGGGAUCCAACGCAGGCUGCCGUCCUGCUGUUCACUCUCCCGUGGGCACCUGUGAGGAGUACAAUGACAGGAACAGACUCAACACUCACCAACAGCACUGGACAUGUACAGGUUGUACUUACCAAAACUGGCCCAGAACUACAAAGUGUGUGGUUUGUGACCUCCCCAAGCCUAACAGCCAGGAAGCCAUAGAGCUACCAGAAUCUGCAGAACCCUCACCCUUGAUCAAUGAACAGGACAUGGCACGAUGGAGGGGUAGUUGCAGUGGAAGCCUGGGCCAAAGGAGAUCGCCUCCUAUGGCCAAAAGGGAAGACAAUGUCAAAAUGGACUUCCAGAGGAUAGAGCUUGCAGCUGGAGCCAUGAGUAAAGAGGAACAGGAGGUUGACUUCAAGAAGCUGAAGCAGAUUAGAAAUCGGAUGAAGAAAACAGACUGGCUGUUCCUCAGUGCUUGUGCUGGAGUUGUAGAAGGAGAUCUGGCGGCAGUAGAAGCCUACAAGUCGUCCGGUGGUGAUAUCGCCCGACAGCUCACUGCAGAUGAGGUGCAGCUACUCAAUCGAUCCUCAGCGUUCGAUGUAGGCUUCACCUUGGUACAUUUGGCUAUUCGCUUCCAGAGGCAAGACAUGCUCGCCAUUCUGUUGACAGAAGUAAACCAGCAGGCAGCAAAGUGUAUCCCUUCCAUGGUGUGUCCCGAGCUGACGGAGCAGAUCCGCAGGGAAAUUGCAGCUUCACUACAUCAGCGCAAAGGAGACUUUGCCUGUUACUUCCUCACUGACUUGGUCACCUUCACUCUGCCUGCAGAUAUCGAGGACUUGCCGCCUGCUGUCCAGGAGAAGCUGUUUGAUGAAGUGCUGGAUCGAGACGUGCAGAAAGAAUUAGAAGAGGAAUCUCCUGUUAUCAACUGGUCCCUGGAGCUGGGCACACGCCUGGACAGUCGUCUGUACGCCUUGUGGAACCGCACAGCUGGAGACUGUCUGUUGGACUCAGUUCUACAGGCCACCUGGGGCAUCUAUGAUAAGGACUCUGUGCUCCGCAAGACUCUCCAUGACAGCCUGCACGACUGCUCCCACUGGUUUUACACACGUUGGAAGGAGUGGGAGUCCUGGUACUCGCAGAGCUUUGGUUUACAUUUUUCCCUUAGAGAGGAGCAGUGGCAGGAGGACUGGGCCUUCAUCCUGUCUUUGGCCAGCCAGCCUGGGGCAAGCCUGGAGCAGACCCACAUUUUUGUUCUCGCACAUAUUCUUCGAAGACCGAUUAUAGUCUACGGAGUAAAAUACUACAAAAGUUUCCGUGGGGAAACGUUAGGAUACACUCGUUUUCAAGGUGUGUACCUACCUCUGUUAUGGGAGCAAAGUUUCUGUUGGAAGAGCCCCAUUGCUCUGGGUUACACACGGGGCCACUUCUCAGCCCUGGUGGCCAUGGAGAACGAUGGAUACGACAAUCGUGGAGCAGGGGCCAACCUCAAUACUGACGACGACGUAACGGUCACUUUCUUACCACUGGUGGACAGUGAGAGGAAACUGCUGCACAUUCACUUUCUGUCUGCUCAAGAGAUGGGCAACGAGGAGCAGCAGGAGAAGCUGCUGAGGGAGUGGCUGGACUGCUGUGUGACAGAAGGAGGCAUGCUGGCCGCCAUGCAAAAGAGCUCGCGUCGCCGUAACCACCCCUUGGUCACCCAGAUGGUGGAGAAGUGGUUGGACAGAUACCGCCAGAUCCGCCCCUGUGCCUCUCUCUCUGACGGUGAGGAGGAGGAGGAUGAAGAUGAGUGAGUGUGGGGAAGUAGAGAGGACAUAAGCAGAGCUUGAAAAUGGACAUUGAAGGCUCUGUGAGAGAUUACCUUACUAUUUUUUUUUUCUUUUUCUUUAUCCAAAAUGUAAAUCCUUCACUUGUAAUAAUGCAUGUGUUCUGUGUGCUCUGUGGUAGAAAAGAUACCAGCACUAUCCAACAGAAUCCUUAUUACUGCUCCCAUAAAAGCACAUCAAGUCCUCUUGGUUUCCCCUCAUAUACUCCGAUUUCUCCCUAGUUGUUAUUGACUAAUCAUUUCAGCUAGAACGUAUAGGAACAUGUACUCUAUUUAAGGAAAUCCCAAAGCUGCACUAGAGGAGGAAUUUCAUUUUUAGACUUGCCUGACAGAAAUUGUGCUUAAGACAAAAAAGAUGCUAAUCCAUGUCUGUAUGUAGAGGGUUAAAUGCACCCAUUUUCCUGAUUGCUGAUCCCUCUGCACACCACACUUGAUGUUUGAUUUAUUUAUUUCUUUAGGAGUGUUAGCACAUGGAGGCGCUACCCUUUGUUCUGCCCUGUUUUAUCUGUGUUUUGUUUGAUCCACUCAGUCUUGAAGUAUUUUAUUUUGCACAGAUAAUACCCACAUUCUGUGAGGGGAGGGGUGGGGUGACAUUCAAGUUUACUGACAUUUUUACAUGAAACUUGGUAGCUCCUGUUCAUGUUAGAGUGGUGGUGACGCUGGUGGGGAAUAAAAGACAAACACUCUGCCUCUUUCAGCGGAGAGCAUUAAUAUUAAAUUUGACUCACUUGCAUCAACUUAAA